AUGGAUUCCAGAAAGGAUAUCUACAAUCUCUGGGUGCAGUACACGACAAAAAAUGAAGAAAUUUACUUUCGUCAGUUCAUUGCGGGAUUCGUGAAUAUUUGGCACUCCCAGCUACAACUGGAUUUUGAAAAUGCUCCUCUAUGGGAUGCUGUUGCGUCGGAUUUGGGACCUCAUUUGAGUCGUCUGCCGGAUGAACUUCUACCGGCGAUUGAAAAAUUUUUGAUAAUUGCUCGAGAUAGUUGUGAAAAUAUUCGGCAUGGUGGAGAAUUUCACGAAACAUGGAUGAGCGAAAAUGUUCUGCUAGUUCAAUGCCUCAUUGUAAUCUGUCGUCAUUUUGACAACAUUGCUUCUGUAAUUAAUUCAAGUUACAUCUCCAGCUGUGUUGCAAUUUCUAAUUUUAUUAUAACAAGGCAGUCUACGGAUGUGCAAACUGAUGAGCUAUUUGUAAAAAAUGCAGCAAGACUUUUGGAGGUACUGUACGAUCCGUAUCUGACCUGGAGGAGCUAUUUACGAGGCAAUCAUGCCGACUACGCCAGCUUGAACUACAAAAUUUCUCAAAUGCACCCGGAAAUAGUGCCAUUUAUAUACGAUUGCUUCCAGAGCGGUAAAGUUACCAAAAACGCAAAUAUUGGUGGAGACUUAGUCCAUAUACUAGGGGCAGUCAUUGCAGGAUCUCAGCACAAUGGAUUGCGUGCCAUAAGCCCUGCAACUGUUACCAUUAUAAUAGAUGUAAUAUCGAAAUGGGAAAGCAAUGCUAAUCUCCGAAAGUUAAUGUUGCAUUGCUUUGCAUUAAUGGCAGUUAUUCUACAAAAAUCUAGUCCUGAGCAGCGCCAGAUAGAUUUGUUGACAAUUUUUCAACUGUAUAUAGGAUCGAUACGCGACUUACUGAUGACAGACCACUUCAUGGCGAGUUGUUCAUCAGCUGCAAGCUUCGAAUUGUCUCACGACGACGAUAAUUGUCUCGAUAUCGGCGCUAUAUCCGCGGCCAUACAGACGAUACAAGAAUUCAUUCCAGAUCAUUCUAAUAAGUUGAUAUUAUGCAAUGCUUUGUUUGAAGCGAAGUUUCUCGCACAGCUCGUUCAGAUUCCAGAACAAGUAAAGAAGUGGAACAUUGAUCACCAAGCUCUUGGUACAGUGCUGGUAGAGACGCUGCAUAAAUUAUGCUAUAAUUCAGAAAAAAUGCAGCACAACCUAAUGCAUACCAACUACAUAAAUAUGUUGUUUGAUGGUUUAAAAGAUUUUGGUAAACCCACAUCAAGUUUAAUUAAUCAAUGUCUAGGGUUCGCGUUUGAUGAGUUGGAUUUUCGGCAAGUAAAUCCAAUUGUCGUCAUUAAAUUAAUAGAAUGGAUUCCAUUCAUGGGUGAAACUGAGCAAAAUAUGCUUAGCGAGGUGCUGUUGAAGAAGUGCUCAGGUACUUUACAAAGCAAACAAGAUGUAUGCAGAGAAAAAACUGUCAAACGUAUCGUAGAUGCUUGUUUAUCAAAUUCUCACCAGCUCUCUUCGAAAUGUACUAUAAAUCUUUUGAAGCUUGUGGAAGAACUAGCCAAAUAUAGCAUAUAUCCCACGGAAGUGAAUAGUUUAUUCCGUCUGUUACGACUUGAGUCACAGUUCGAUUACCGUAAGGUGCUGCUGGAAACGAUCUUGAGAGUUUCGCACCACUGUAGCUCCCAGGGAAACGUGCCCGUUAAUUUUCUAGACAUCCAAACUAAUACCAGCGGAAUCACGAUACCCGAAAUACGCAAAUGGGAAACAACACAUGGAUUCGUCUUUCACGCCUGGCUUCGAUUAGAAGAGGAAAAGUCAUUGGCACAAAACUAUCGUCGACAGCUUUUUAGUCUAACCACCAAUUAUGGUACUGGAUAUGAAUUUUUCAUACAGAAGAAUGGUAAUCUAGUGGUCAGCGUUAUCACGAAGAAGGAAUUUUUCACCGCCACUGUGCAAUCGCCGCAACUACUGGAUGGUCGAUGGCAUUCGGUCACGGUCAGCGUUGUACCACCGAAGCGAUUGUUUUCGUACCAUCAAAUCAACGUAUAUAUUGACUCCGUUCAAAAGUUAGGAUCCACGAUGAAGUACGCUUCGUUUGCGGAGGUAUUUCAUUACUGUUCAAUCGGAGCGCCAUACAACAAUUUCCGGAAAGUAUCGCACACAUCGCAUCAAUCAAACUCCGCUCGAAUGAGCCCUGUACUAGAUGCAUCACCAAGCGGCGAAAAGGAAGAAAAAGCUAAAUCCUUGGGAUUAUUUCCCAACAUUAUCGAGAGGACGUUCUUUCCGGGCCUAGUUUCACAGGUACCGAAUUAUUUUACUCUUCCGAGCAAGUCUACAUCCUCGUUGGAUCCCAGCGUGAAAUCCUACCCUAUUGGAAUGCAAGAUUUAGUAUUCGGUGAAGCAAUCUGCCUGAAGGGGCAGCUCGGUGCCGUUCUGUUGGCCGACACAAAUGUUAGUCUCAAGAAUCUAUUUGAGAGCGGACCAAACAUUGCGAAUGUUCUAGCGACAGAUAUGAUCGAAUCGUUUGAUAUGGCUUCAAAGUUUGUGUUUUGUUUUGCUCCUAACGCGUGUUUUGACGGGUUGUGUUUGGAUCUGGCUCCAGGAAAUCAAUAUAACGGCCAUUUGGUGGCUAGUGUCGCCAAUACACUCUCUAUGCAGAAUGCGCUAAAUGGAAUCGGUGGCAUGGUGGCAUUACUGCCUAUAUUAGAUGGCAUAUCGCUUAUGCCUGACUCUGACAUUCCAUCGACUAACGAACUCAUAUCGCUGAGUCCUGUUGAAUCACCUCUGAAUGAGGAGCGGUUUGGUGAUUGGGAAAUGUUGCAAUUAAACUCGCUGACUGAAGCAAAGAUAAUACAAAACCCUAUCGCUUGUUUCCUGUGCUUAGUACGAAAUUUCAUCAAUGGCAGCGAGCUAAAUAAGGAGAAUAUGUUAAAAAACGACGCAAUCGCUAUUAUAAGUGCACUGCUUCAGAAGUGCAACGAGCGGCUUUUUGAUGUGAACGUGCUAAUGGCAGUGCAGCUGUUGAUUGAAUCGAUACAAAACGAAAUGCCAUCCGGAAACAUGGAGCUGUUGCAUGUGUUGCAUCGUGAUUUGGUGUUUAACUUCCGUAUCUGGGCUAAGGCUCAGUUUCAAAUUGUUAUAGGACAUGUACAGUAUAUAAGUACUAUCAUCAAAGAUGAUCGAAAAUAUUUUCGCAAGCAUUUUGGAAUACAGUAUUUACUGGACGUAAUUCAGGAGCAUUUCACCAAUAAUACAAACCUUCCACCACAAGAUUCUAAAAUGGUUCGGGAAUCUCUGUUGAGGAUCGUGAAAUACUAUAUUCAAAAAGAAGUUAAUAUUAGAGAGAUUUCCGCAGUGCUGGUAUUCCUUACCACGACGAAACACGAGGCGACGGUUGGUGAGAUUAUCGAUAUGUUAAUAUUGUUAAUCGAAGGAAAACACGUUAAGGAUCAAAUUUUCCUGCUAAUGUACGAACCACAUAUGGCCGAAGCUAUGUACACACUUUUCAUUGAUCGUCACUUUGGCAGCGAAGUGCAUACCAAGCUAAUCAAAUUUAUUACUGGCAUGCUUUGUACGAAACGAAUAUCAGGGAAACACAAAGCUGCCCUGAGAUUGUAUGAUACAUCUGUCGAAUGUCAUAGUCUUUAUCCGGGUCUGUUUUCGUUCAUGCUCCCUUUCCAACUGGAACCGCACGUUAUCCUUGGGUUGUUGGAUUUUAAUCUGAAUUCGGACACGGAAAUGGGCUAUGCUGGUGCGUUAUGCUUGAUUUACCAUUCCAAUCUUUCCAAUCUGUCGUUGAAGCUCGAAAUUAGUCGUCGUUUGAUGACAAGCACUUUUACCAAACCAAAGGCUCCGCAGAUGAUUGCGAAGCAGGUUGGGUGGCAAGAAUCUAUCGCACGGUUGCUCAUAAAAAAACCGGUUGAAAACCGUUUAGACGAAGGAACGGAAAAAAAUCAACAGAACCUGCUAACCGAUAUGGAUGAAGUGGUUAAACGCGAGAGCGAAUCUUCUGUCGUUGGUGUGGGCGUGGAUGAUCUGAUAGUGUUUGAUGAGGACAAUAUGGAACUGCACUUACAGGACAGCAGUAAGCAACCAAAUUCAUUCAUGUCGGAGGCAGCAACGGUUAUAGAGCAUGAAAUCAAAGAGUUAGCGGACACGGUGCAGGAGGCGGUAGUGGAUAACAUUGCCUCUUCGAUAACUUCAGUGUAUUCGGUGAUACGGCAAAAAACAUCGGAUAUUCAAGAUACGAUCGGAUCGUUAACACUAAGCUUUGAGGAUACUUCAGGGCGAAAGAAAAAAUCUUCACUCAGCAGUAGCAGUGACGAAAAUGUUUCCCUCGAUGAAUCUUGCUCGUUUGCUGGAACCACAUCAAUGGUGAUAGAGGAUGUACAGUCGACGAAGAGUGGAGAAGAUGUGAAGUAUACGGACGAUAAUGACGAAGAAAAUCUCGUUUGCCUUGUGUCUAGCAGUUUGUUCACAAUUCUGUGGCGCGGUGUGGAAAAUUCCAACGACUCUUGGCAGGAACGGGGUCAAGUGAUGGCUUGUAUCAACUUAAUUGCGUUGAACAACGAAUUAUACUGUUCCCAUUUGGCCCUACGUUUGCGUAUUUUGGAAAUGGGUGUUCAGGCAGCCCUGAUUGACUUGGCGGAGAAUGCGCAUCUCGCCUUAACGCAUCAACAGAACGCGGCUCAAUUACUACGAUUAGCUUACGAUUUGGUGGUGUUAGACCCAAACGAAGACGACUCUAAAAAGUGCUCUGUGAAACUGUUGGAUGGGGUGCUUUCACUACUUGACAUACUGAUGGUCUUUCAACAAAGUAGCAGUGAUGAUUGGUCUGAAAUGUCUCACCUCUGCCUGGGACUUUUGUUAAAGUGCUCUCAUAACGCAAAUUCAGAGAUAGUAGCGAUGGCCACGGCCAAAUUGCAUGCGUUGUUACAAAACCGUAUCAAUCAAGAUCCCGCCGAAAUCGGAUACCUAAUGUACAGUUUAAAUCAAGCAAUGUGCAAUGCCAUCGAAGUGGACAAUUCGGAGCAGUAUUCGUUUCUCAUUCCCGUGAUGAAAGCUUUACUAGAGAAAUCACGCACGGUGCUCGGUUUAGCAACGCAUACGCCAGAUCUACCAGCGACUUCGUCGGGUCCGAUUUUCUUCCAGGAUUUCCAAUCAUAUUGUGCUAGUCGGCAGUGGAUUACAUUCAUUGACAAAAAGAUUAAACCACUAUUCACAUCGUAUCAGAAAGACCUAUCCAAUACGCUCUGGGAACCGUUGAACACUUUUUGGGCCGAGUGCUACGAGUCGUGCAAACUGUCGUCGCAGCGCAGAGCUAAGCUACAGAUGGAAAGUCGUCGAAAAUUUCAGGAACGAAUACUGGUGCCCUGUCGGAUACGUCAAUCGGAGGAGAAUGCCCGCCUCAGCAUACAGCAAACUCAACGCAAGGCGAAGGAAGCUAACACGGACCGCCGCUGGCUGUAUUUGCAGCGGUUUCUAUACGGACCAAAAGGAGCCUGGGCGAAACAAUCUAAUGAAGAAGAAUACUGGCGUUUAUCUCAUCAUGAGAAUGUAACGCGAAUGCGCCUGAAGCUGGAACCGGACCUGUACCACGAUCCACAUACAGCGGCUGCCAAUUUGCGUGAUAACACUACGUCCUCUUCGCAAAACCGGCGACUUUCGUCGGAGUUCGGUUCAACAUUCGCUCCUGCCGCCAUGGGCGAAGAGAACACCGACGAGGAGAUGCUACUGCUGGAAGAGGAAAUGAGAAACAGUAUGGAACCGCAGGUUCCGGAAACAUCGGGUAAGGAAAAGGUUGUCAUCUCGCAGGAGUGCGAAUUGAUAACGCUUAUGACACGUGUAAAGGGACGCUUCGAUCUUACGACAAACCAAGUCAUGUUCACUGAAAUCGCAAGCCUCAAGGACGACGGCCAACGGCACGAUUUUAAAUUUCCAAUCGGGCAGCUACGCGAGCUUCAUCUCAGGAAAUAUAACCUACGACGCAGCGCACUCGAGGUGUUCCUCAUCGAUCAGACCAGCUAUUUCCUGAACUUCACGACCCGAACGCGCAACAAGAUAUUCACCAAAAUCCUCAGCCUGCAGCCUCCGAACAUUCUGUACGGUUCAGGACGAUCGCCGGCCGAGCUGCUAAAGUCGUCCGGCUUAACGCAGAAGUGGGCAAACCGAGAGAUUUCGAACUUUGAGUAUCUGAUGCAUUUGAAUACGAUUGCUGGUAGAUCGUACAAUGACUUAAGUCAGUACCCAGUGUUUCCGUGGAUUUUGGCGGAUUACACUAGCGAAGUGCUGGACUUGAACGAUCCAAAAUCAUUCCGGGAUCUCAGCAAGCCAAUUGGUGUGGUGAACCCAAAGAACGAAGCCGAAGUGCGGAGCAAAUUUGACGGCUUCGAGGAUCCCUCCGGGAUGAUACCCAAGUUCCACUAUGGCACGCAUUACUCUAACUCUGCUGGUGUACUGCAUUAUCUGAUCCGAGUGGAACCGUUUACCUCGCUGCACAUUGAGUUGCAGAGUGGUCGCUUCGAUGUCGCGGACCGUCAGUUUCAUUCCAUCCCUCAAACUUGGAAACUGUUGAUGGACAACCCGAACGACGUGAAAGAACUGAUUCCGGAGUUUUUCUACUUCCCCGAAUUCCUGAAAAACAUGAACAACUUCGAUUUGGGCGUGUUGCAGAUGACUAAGGAGAAGGUGGACGAUGUGAUGCUGCCACCGUGGGCGAAAACAGCCGAGGAUUUCAUCGCAAUCCAUCGGCGAGCAUUAGAGUCGGAGUAUGUGUCGCAACAUCUGCAUCACUGGAUCGAUCUUAUCUUCGGUCAUAAACAGAAGGGUCCCAAAGCGGUCGAAGCCUUGAACGUGUUCUAUUACUGCUCCUACGAAGGUGCGGUUGAUCUGGACAAAAUAGCAAACCCAAUAGAGCGUGAAGCCGUUGAAGGGAUGAUCAACAACUUUGGUCAGACACCGUCGCAGCUGUUACGUGAUCCACAUCCACGACGAUUGUCACAAGACGAACUGACGGUUCGUUUGUUGAAGCUGGAGCUUAGGCGUCCCGAUCUUACGCUUAUUCUCGAUCGCGUCCAAUGCGUCGCUUGCGAACUAUCCACCGACAAGGAUCCGGUCGUGUACCUUAGCACUCCUAAAAGCCCGCCACGAUCGUUUUUGCAAACCAGCCCAGAUAUGCUCAUAACAGUUACGAAAUCCGGUAUUCUUGGCUGUCACAGCUGGAUGUCCUUCGACAAGGAACGUGGCUUUUUGCUGGAGAUCGAUGCUACAACGCUAAACUUGAAAAAUCGCAAGAAACUCAUCGGACCGUUCCACCCGUCAGUGACACUCAGCUCCAAGCUGUUUGCUGUCAGCGUGGAUGCAAAAUAUAUUUACGCCGGCGGCAUCUGGGACAAUUCAGUACGCGUUUUCAACAUGGCUCGAGGGAAAGUCGUCGCAUCUGCCAUCAACCAUUUCGACGUGGUAACCUGUAUUGCAAUAGACAACUGCGGAUCGUAUCUGGUGACCGGGUCGAAGGAUUGUACAUGCGUCAUCUGGUCCCUUAACACGGGCAAUACCGCUGGUCAGACCACUGGUUCAAAUUUACAGCCCAAUACGGCUGCUUUGAAUCAGAACCUAGCCGGAAACGUGGUAGGAAGCGCAAAUGUAGUGCAUCUUACCAACAACCUGACACCGAAACCGGUGCACACUCUCUACGGACAUGACGACAGCGUCUCUUGUGUUGCCAUCAUGACGGAACUGGAUCUUGUUGUUUCCGGAUCGUUGGACGGUACUGUAAAUGUGCAUACCAUAAAAAAUGGACAAUUCGUUAGGACAAUAAAUCCCAUCGGAUGUACAGGCUGCAGGAUUGAAGUGUCUUUCAUCACAUUGUCAUAUCAGGGUCAUAUCGCUUUCUCCGCGCUGGAUGACACCUCCCAUUCGGUGCACGUGUUCAGCAUUAACGGUGUGAGCCUUGGGUCGAAAUACGUGUCUGGCCGCGUGACUGGGUUAACCUCGGCGUCCGAUUAUCUGGUGGUGUCCGAUGAUGCCGGUGAUGUGACCAUGAGCCGUUUGUACGGGUUGAAGCCAAUCUUCGACAUACCUCUGCACGUUCCCACGCAGACGAUCGUCGGUGCUGUUGGUAAUACGCAUCUGUUGGCACCGCUACGAGACGGAAGCUUGGGUGUAAUCGGGAUUCAACAACCAAUCGCCUACAAAAAACACAACGUUCUAAACGUCUAAUCUUCCAGCAACAUUAACGAUGUUUCACAGUAGUGGUUGCUAUGCGCAGUAUUUAUGUUAGUUACAAAAAUGUGUCUGGCGUGUUUGAAUGCAAUAUUUGAUUAAUAAGAAAAUAAAAAACUAGACUCACUGAGCAGGAAGCAAUUGCAAAACCCAAAUAUGGUACAUAGGCCAUUGGGCUCUGCUGGACGAUGUCCUGCCUACCGGACAUAGCAAUGCAUAACAAUCGUCAGUAUAUGAAAGAGCUGGAACAGUUUCUAGCACUAGUAGGACAGAAAAUAAUGGAACAUUUAUAUUAACCCGGCAAUGCCGUCAUAAUAGAUUUUUAGUAGAAAACCAAUCACUACGAUGGAAUAAGUUUUAGCAUUUUUUAAUUGAAUUUCAUUAUCUUCUUGCAAUAAUUUCUUGUAAUGAUCAAGUAAACCAGGUUCUUUUUGGAGAAUUACGUUAAUUUGAAAAAAAUCAUCCAAUAUAAUAAAUCACUAUACUUAAAGUGAUCAUCACGAUUUGCUUGAAAUAACCUCAUUUUGACCGUAUACCAGAUAUAAACUGGCACGUAUACGUAUUCCCGUCCUUGAUUACGGCUUAGUAAAGAGCACACUUUAGACAAAAUUACCGAACAUUUCAGUAGCGUUAUUGAUUUAAAAACAUAGAAAAGUGUCAAAACACGACAAAUUGUUAUAGCUGAAUGUGGAUCCGACGAGUUGUUGUUUUAGUGGUGUAAAUUAGAAAAAAAAAGUAUUGUUCAAUCGGAGUGCAAACAUGCUGGCCAAAUUUGUCCGGGCACUUGAAUAUAGAAUUCAGAAUAGCUGGAACAUUUAUUACAGUGUACUAAAACCUGCAGCAAAGAGUGAAUUUUAUAAAGUUAGGUCCUUGUCUUUUGCUUUUGACAAACUGGCGUAAAUAUCAAUGCAGAACUGUACACGAAACAUUCCUCAUGCAUAGAACAUCUUUUUUUCCAAGCUUGCUUUACCAACUUUUCGUUAUUUAUAGUAUUAUCAAUUUUAAACCAGUAACGAAUAAAAAUAUUUGUA